AUCAUGAUCAUGAUGAUGACAGAGGAUGGAAAGUCCUCGCCAGAAUUCCUUGAUAUUUUAUAUUCGUAUGCAAAUGAAGAGGACGAAGAAAUACGUGUCCCCCAGAAUAAAAGACCAUCAUGUUCAAGAUGCAGCCGACCAAUAACUGUUUGCUUGUGUCCUUAUUUACCAGAGAAGCCAGUUGCCAUAGAAACUAAUGUCUAUAUCUUACAACAUCCACUGGAGGAAAGUAGAAAUUUGACAACUGUUCCCAUUCUGUGUGAAUGCCUGCCUACAGAUAAUGUGCAAAUCAUCAAGGGGAAAAAAUUCUCACUUCGCAGAUUCCCAAAGGUAGCUGAACUUAUGAAGAGCCCCAACACCCUUCUGUUGUACCCAGACUCUGAGGCUGAGGAUAUUGAGGCUAUCCCCCAGGCACCAGGUGGUCAGCCAUAUAACCUGGUGUUACUUGACGGGACCUGGGGUCAGGCCAAAGGCAUGUUUCUCCAUAAUGAAGUUUUUUCUUGGCCUAAAAAGGUAAAAUUGAACCACAGCACCAAGAGUAAGUUUGUGAUUCGGACGCAGCCCAAUGACAUGUCUCUGUCUACCCUCGAGUCUACGGCAGUGGCUCUGGCCGCCCUGGAGAGACGACCAGAAAUCAUUGAUAUAUUAACCCGUCCCCUAGAAGCUCUGUGUGAUUUCCAGCUUCAACAUGGAGCCUGCAAGCACGACAGCAAAGUGUACAAGAUAGAAAAUGGACUCUGGAACAAAACUCUCAAAAAGAAAUAUCUAAAAAAGUUUGAAAAAGAUGGACAGACUGUUAAUUCCUUAAUGGAUUCUUCUAAUUCAAUAGAACCCUCAUCUUGACAACAGCCCUUUUUUUAGAACACAAAUAGGGUAGUAAAGUCUUUUAAUGGGUUUUAAGGUAAUAGUUGUAACAUUAUGAAAAUAUGCAACAAUCAAGCAGUAAAGCUUUAAUAUGUUCAUGUACAUAUUAUUCCAUGUUUCUAUUUAUAACAUACAUAUUGCAGUAGAACAGACAGAUCUAAUGCUUGAAGUCGCCAUUAAAAUUGUUUGUUUUGAAAAAAUUGUGGGCAUGCUUACUGUGAAACAGAACUAUUUGUUUUUCUAACAAAUAUUAACCUCAAAGUUAUUGUGAAUUGCAACAAAUACAUGUACCGGUAGAUCUCUAAAGUUUCUGUUCCUUGAAAUAGAGAGUAUGGCAUUGAUUGCCCAAUGGU